AGCACUCCAACCACUGAUUUCAACCCUUUGCCCUUCAAACAUUUGUCACUAGAAAUAUUCAAUUUAUUUUUAUGAGAUACAGAUGACAUUUUUUUCAACUAACUUAACAAAGGUAUUUUAUUUCCACACUUCACGUGUCGACAGAUUACGCGAGAUUUAAUGUUAAAUACCAAAUUUUACAAUUUUGAUACAUCAAUCGACUGACCGAGAGGCACCUUUGGAGUGCAAAGGGUUAACUGUUACUCUGAUGACUCGAAAGCGAUGCCGCAUUCUCCCAAACCCAUCAAUUGUCAUCGAAUUCCUCCGGUGCGGGCCGUUCGUACAAUUCAGGGUGCAAGGAUUAAUAUCUUUUUGGAGCGUUUCAAAAACACAAUUUAUUUCACAGCACUCCAACCACUGAUAUUAACUCUUACUCCGACGACGAGGAUUCGAAUAACUCGAAAGCGAUGCAUUCUCCCAAACCCAUCAAUUGUCAUCGAAUUCCUGCGGUGCGGGCCGUUCGGUGAUUGCUGCCGUUCGCGUGUAGGAAGUUUACGGGGCGAGCGGCAAGAAUCAUUAUAACAGCAUUCACGUCGGUUUACGUGAGCGCAUACAGCGAGAGAGUCGACGGCCGACGGGGAAGGAGAGAACGGGCUGCGUCGGUUGGGAAGCGGCGCGCGUUGGAGGGGGAAGGGAGCAGGAAACGAUUCGGCUGGAACUAUGUAAGACGCGAGGGGAUCGAGCGAGUCACCAACCAGCCCCGGAGUGUCCGAUUCACCGUCGCACCGCGUGGAGCUAUCGUUCCUACGACAAUACACCGACCGGAUGGUUCGCGGCGGCUCCUUCGGGUCCUCGUUCCAAUUCCAGAAAAGAGAAACUAACCGGGUGUCGGCUGUGGAAAGUGCGGUCCGGGUUCGCGACUGAUCUAACCGAGGAUCGCAGAGUAUAGUCGCCGCGAAGUGCUCCAUUCAAUUCAGACACUUGUUUUCAAACUGCGCACACUUCACCUUGUCAUGUACCUGUAAGAGCAAUCUAAACGAUAGAGAUCGUUAGGAUCAUGAGUAUAGUUGGUCAAAUUGUAUUCGAAAGCGUUUGCGUUUGACGCUUGUAUUUGUAAACGUGUUGAAUGUUAGUGAUCCAUGUGUCGUGAGUUUCGAGGUGUAUAGUUGCUCCGAAACGGUCGACAGUGUUUAGGAGACACGUUUCUCUUCGGAUUUCACUAGCGGUACGGUAGCUUCAAUGGUGACAUGUUCAUAGCGAGUAUAGUUGCCAGUGUACCAUUGAAUCUGGCUGCGUCGCUUUUUCUUCUGAACGUUUGAUCUUGCCGUGUUCGUGUUAGCGAAGGACAAUUUCAGCGAUAGGAUCUCGUGGCUGGUAUAGUUGAUCCGUGUCGGUUAUAGUAUAGCGUUGAACCUCGUUCCGACUUGCUGGGACAGUGGUAAAAACAAUUGCGCCGAGUGCAGUGUCCCGUGAAGAGUAUCAUCUACAUUUCAGUCCGGUUUUGUAAUUAGUAUAGUUGCUCGUAGGUAUUUACAUUGCGUGGUUCUGUGAAUCUUGGACAUUUUCGAAAUUCACUUGGAACAGAUUGACAAUUGUAGGAAAACUGUGGAUUAGGAUGGACAGUCAUUCGUAAUUUCGUAAUUAGUAUAGUUGUUCAGUUAUUUACAUUUGCUGUUCUCUGAAUCUUGGACAUUUUCGAAAUUCACUUGGAACAGAUUGACAAUUGUAGGAAAACUGUGGAUUAGGAUGGACAGUCAUUGACAGGGUGGUGUAUAUAGUAAUGAGUAUAGUUGUCUUUGGUAGUUUCUUUGACAAUCUACGACAAACAUUUUAGUUGCUAUAUAGUGAACAUUUUAUAGUGACUAUAGUUUGACAUUGGUUAUCCUUUCUACAAUGCUUUAUCUACUCGGUCUCACAACUUUUCAAACAUGAAUAUUAUCUACGUUUAAUUUGCGAAAACCGCUUAUUAGUUGCAAUAAUGAUACCACAUUGUUAUUCAUAGUCAUUUAAAUAGAUAGCGACACGGUAAAGAAUAAACACUAUGACCUCUAGAAAUAGCGACUUACUUUAACGAAAUUUCCUCUCAAAAUCUCAAUAUACAAAUCAAUUUCCUAUAAAAAAUAUUUCUAACACUGUACAGUUUCUAUUGUUCCUGGGGAAGUUGAUAUUCGUUCAUUUAGAUUUUGGAAAUUGCAGACGUGGAAAGACGAUCAUUCAUAUUCGUGUAAUCGGAUCAACCGAUUGAAACAUUUACCAAAUAACGUUUAUAAAAUUCAAUCUGCGUGAAUUUCGUAAACCUAGCGUUAAUACAUCAAUACCAAACUCUGAUCAAACCAGAAUUCAUCGUGCAAAGAGUUGCAUUCGAUCCACGUCGAAUCGGGUCCAUCCAAGAUUCGCUCUAGAUCCGGUCGAGCGACGUUCUCCGCGCAAUUACCAGAACCAUCAAUAUCGCGGGGAUUAAAUCUUCAUCCCAUUCGGUCGGCCAAUUAUCUUCAUCAAGCACCAAGAACCAGAAUCUCGAUCCUCCUCUCGCUCGCUUCGAAUCUAACUCGAUUGUGCCGUUCUCGUCAUCUUCUCUUUCCGCGGAAUCGGCCGGCGACCGAAAAUCCGCGCGUUUUCCCGCUCGGCCGGCUUUAUCCGGCGAGAUCGCGGAACAACGAAACGAUCGCGAUAACACGUUCCGUGCCCUGGAUCCAGGCGAGUGUCGCAACCUCUCGCUUUUCCUUUUUGGAAAGUGCAAAUCGCACACUGUUGCGAAACGCUCGGCUCGCUCGAUCGUUUUUCCCUCGUAAUUAACCGUUGCUCGUUAGGAUUUUAAUCUUCUCCUCGAGCGGCAUGCUGCGAGGACUUUCAGCGUGCCGGCGCGGACGCAGUUAGGGUAUCGGAACGUUAGGCAUCCACCGGUUGUGCAACUCCGUUUUGAAAUGGGGCGAUAAUAAUUGGUUCGCUGGAAUCCCAUCGAACUUCGUAUCACUUUCUUACGAAAUUUCUUACUUCACGGCUCGAAUCUUGCGUUGAAGCACUUAGCCUCCUGCCCUAGGAUUUCUUCCAUACUGCAUUAUUUUAUGAUUGAUUAUUUAGGAAAGGAGUUUAUUUUACUUUGAGUUGGUGACGGAUUCAAUUUGAAUACGAAGGAACUGAGCAGUUGUAUCGAUUAAAUUUUUAUCGCGAUAUUCACGAGUCGCGCGAUGUAAGGGGUUGACACUAGAGUUGACGCUAGAUUUACGGAAUUUUAUGCUUAUUCCACGAUUACUUUGAGUUGACAGAUUUAAUUUGAAUAAAGGAACUGAGCAGUUGCAUCGAUUAAAUUUUUAUCGCGGUACUCACGCGCGAUAUAAGGGGUUGACGCUAGAUUUACGGAACAAGUCGAUUCGACUCGUGAAUUUUAUAAAUAUUUGCUAAAUGUUUGUGUCGAAUUGUAACGAAUAUCAAUGUUUCUAACAGUACAACAGAUUGUAUAAUAAAUGUCCGUGAAUCUAGUGUUAGAGCGACGAGAACUUUUCCUUCGAGGACGCAUUAGGUAUUUUAAUCUUCCCCUUGAACGACACGCCAUGAGAAUUGACAUCCCUUUGACAGGCACGCAACGAGGACUUUAAUCUCCGUUUUAUAAAGACAGCUCGCAAGUAACUCGAGAAACGGUACGUGUUUCGCGUGACCGCCGCAUGAAGGCAGACAUUAACACCCACAAAUGACGAAAGGUACGCCGCGUACCCUCCUCCGCGAAAUUCGUUCCCCUUCGACGACACCGCGGCGCGCGUUAAGUGAAAAAGCAACUGCGCCGUUGAUCACCUGAUCGAACGGGAUAACAGUGUGAUACACCCGUGCCCGGCUACCGAUGUGAGCAUCGAGCGCUGUGGAGAUCGCAAUGAGCAUCGUGGGAGACGCGAGGAUGAAGGACGUGGUGAAGUGGUAGCAAGGAAAGUGAAUCGAUGUGAAGAAUCUUCUCUCGAACUCGUAACAAUUGAAACUUGAAUCCUAAGAAACGAAGAGUAGAACUUAGGAAAGAUCAGAAGAAGUUCAGUGUGGAGAAUUUUAGAGGACGUGGUGAAUCGAAGUGAAGAAUCUUCUCUCGAACUCGUAACAGUUGAAACUUGAAUCCUAAGAAACGAAGAGUAGAACUUAGAAAAGAUCAGAAGAAGUUCAGUGUGGAGAAUUUUAGAGGACGUGGUGAAUCGAAGUGAAGAAUCUUCUCUCGAACUCGUAACAGUCGAAACUUGAAUCCUAAGAAACGAAGAGUAGAACUUAGAAAAAGAGUAAAAGAAAUUCACUGUCGAGAAUUUUAGAGGACGCGAAGUGGUAGCAAGUGAAUCGAAGAAUCUUUUCUCGAACUCGUAGUUGAAACUCGAAGAGUCCUAAGAAACGAAGAGUAGAAGUUAAACAAAGGUUAGAAGUUCAGAGUCGAAGAGGAUUUUAGAACCGAAGGAUUGUAAAUUCAAAGAGCGUCGAGAAGCUCGGCAAGAGAAGUUACUUCGGAUAUUUGCAUCGCGAAAGUGAAGUUUCCUGUUCGACAAGAAAAUGGAGGAGACAACGACGUCGACGAUCCUGCUGGUAGCUAAGAUAGGAGCGAUGAUCGGCCUCGGGUUCGGCUCGUUGAUCCUGGGCAUGCUGCCGUUGAUCGUCGGACGAUAUAGAAUGAAUCAUCGUCAGAAACGGCACCGCGGUAUUUCCAGUAAUUCCAGUACCUGCACGUCCACGUCGGUGUCGAACGCGUUCGGGACCAACACCGCGACCACGUCCGCGAGCUCGCAAGGUCUGCAGACCUCGUUGCUGCUGUGCUUCGGCGGCGGAGUGCUGCUGUUCACCACGUUCCUGCACCUAGCGCCGGAAGUGCGCAGCAGCGUGGAGCGUCACCAGUCCAACGGGCAGCUACCGAGCCUGGGCACGCUGAGCCUCUCGGAGUUGCUGUUCUGCGGGGGCUUCUUCCUCGUGUACUUCGUCGAGGAAGCGGUGCACGCGGCGCUGACUGGCAAGCCGGAGUCCUCGGAGGCGUUGCUCUACCGCACGGUGUCGGUGCGCAGGUGCAACAACAACCAGCCGGGCGCGUCCUCGGCGACGUACACGGGUUCCACGACCACGGUGUCGACGACGACCAGGUCGACGUGGAAGGAGGACGUCGACGACUCCGGGGACAACGACUCGACGAAGCGGUCGACGCAUCACCUGGACGACCUCCAGGACGCCAAGGACAAGGACAAGACGCUGCCCGCCAUCUUCGUGCUGUCCUCGCCGUCGGGGCUGUCCUCGGAACGCCAUCGCGAGCACCCGAGGCACUCGUCCUCGGUCGCCGAUCUGAACAACUACCCGAGGGCGAAGCGGCACGAGCACAAGCACGCGAUGGCGAAGAACACGUCGGUCCAGGGCCUCUUGACCGUGCUCGCCCUCUCGUUCCACGCGAUCUUCGAGGGACUCGCCGUCGGUCUAGAGCCCUCGAUCGGCUCCGUGGUUUAUCUAGCCGCGGCUAUCGCGACACACAAGCUGGUGAUCUCCUUCUGCGUCGGCAUGGAGCUGUACGUCGCCGGCGCCUCCACUAAGACCACUCUCGGCUAUCUGACGAUAUUCUCCAUGGUGACGCCCAUCGGCAUCGCCGUCGGCCUAGCGCUCGGCCAUUUCAAGAACGACAGCGAGAAUCUAGGCCCGACGCCCACCAUACUGCAGGGAAUGGCCGCCGGCACGUUGCUCUACGUCGUUUUCUUCGAGGUCCUCGCCAGAGAGAGGGCUAACGAGAAAAGUGGGCUCUUACAGCUGACGGCCAUUAUCGUCGGGUUCAUGCUGAUGCUGGGCCUGCAAAUCACCACUGCUCACUCCCACUCGCAUUCACAUUCGCACUCGCACGGCGGGCACUCGCACGCGAGCGGCCACGAGGACGACCAUCACCACGAGGACAGUCACCAUCACGACUCGGAUUCCCACGAGCUGCUGCACUCGACGGGCAGCGAGCAGAUACUCACCGACACGAUCGACAGAGUGACGGAAAGCGUGACGGAAACGAUCAGCAAGUUCCUCUCCUCUUCCGUGAAGAUCUCGACGGGCGCCCCCGUGAGGAACGAGACAACGAUGCCGCACACGGAGCACAGUUAAUCGUCGUUAAACAUCUCGUCCGUGCGAGGGUGAAUCCUUCAACCGAGGCGCCAACAGUUCCUCCCCGGGACGAGUGUCGUUCGAUCGGCACUCACUUCCGGGGGACACCGAUCGCGCUACUCAGAGUACACCGAUAGUCUCUCCGAAGAGCGUCUAGCUCGACAAGGCGAGAGAGAAGUCUCGACAGGAGAGGGACAGUAUUAUCGAGCUUCCGUUUCGAGGUGAGGAAAAGAACGCCGAUCCGAUGGAACUUGGGUCUGGAAUUUUUAGCGGAAAUGAGGACCUCGGUGGUUGGUUCAGUGAAUUCCAAGUGUAACUCUAUGGUUACCAGGUGCUCAAUUAUUUGAUCGAAACGUUAUAAUGUAGACUGCAAAUGUUUAUGCGAUGAGAAACGAUAGAAACGCCUGUAAAGCGGGUGUUGAGUAUUUCGCGUGCACCUGAUCGAUUUACGCGGAGUCCACGUGGAUUCGGUUUACGCGAACGAGAAUCAAGAGAAAAAAUGUUGAAGAGAGCUGGUAUAUGUUUUAGGAAUUUUUGUUUCCAACUAAGAAUUUAUCAUCUGAUUUAUCUAUGUUGUAGCCAGUUAUUUGAAGUUACCAUAGGAAAAGUCCCAGUAUUUAAUUUUAUAUCAAUUGCUAUGUUCUGAUUGAUUUUUUUAUUUUCAUUCUUCUUUUUGUUUCCAACUAAUUUAUCAUCUGAUUUGUUUAUGUUGUAGCCAGUUAAUUGCAGUUACCAUAGGAAAAGUCCCAGUAUGGUUAGUUAACAGAAACAAUGGCAAUGACAUUUUAGAACAAGAGUAUAUUUUAGCCACUAAAUUCAGAACUAAAAAGAAGAGGCUCGCGUGAAAAGAGUCCGCGUAAAUCGAGAGUCAGGUGUAUAAU